AUGGGCAAAAGAAAGCUGAUGGUCGCUUACAGAGCAGACAAACUCAAAAGACAGAAGACGUUUCAUGAUAGAAAAGCGGGGCUUUUCAAGAAAGCUACUAAUAUUUCUGUGCUCUGCGGUUGUAAAGUGUUUGUGAGAAUUAAAUCAGAAGAUGGGGAAAUUUUUGAAUUCGGGGAAGAUUCAAAUUCCCACAAUGGAGCUCUGGUUUCAACUUCUUUUGCUCUUCCUCCCAUUGACAAUGACAGUCAAGAACACCUAACGAAAGAAUCUCUCUCCACAGAGCCACAUGGAAAAUGUAUUGCCGGAGAUGAACAAUCCUUUCUUGGAAAUGGGUGGAGAUAA